AUGUUAAUCGCAUUCUUCCCCUAUUUAUUGGUCGCAUUUUAUUUUCGAAAAACUCGGUUGCAUGUGAAUUUGAAGAUUAUAAUUGGAUAUGGUUUUGUCGGUUAUGUUUUUGAUAUGAUAUCGAGAUUUGUGAUUUUGUUGUAUGAGUUUGGGAUUUUUGAGAUUGGUGAGUUUUUUUGGGAGAAAGUUAGCCUAAAUUUGCCACGUGGCGAAAAAAAACAAUUAUUGUCCGAGAGAACUACACAAAGUGUAUUCUAGGCUUUGACCCAAAAAUUGUUUUUCUGCAGUUUGGUAUCAUUUCAGCAAAAAAACUGGAUCAAAAAUUUAAAAUAGCAUGUUCAAGAGAACUACACUGUAGUCUAAAUUGAAACUGAAAUUUCUAGCUCUGAAUGUCGUCCGAGAGAACUACACAGUCUCUUAAUUUUCCCGCCAAAAUUCAAUUUUUGACACGUGGCAUGUUUCGUGAUUUUUUGAAAAUUUCCUUACAAACUUUUGGCUCCGAAACUCUAGUCUCCCCGUAAAAGUACACAAAAAUUCAAAAUUUUGUUGUUUCCAGCAAAUCCAGCUGAUUUUUAGUUUUCCAAUAAUUUCUAAUUCAUGUCUGAUUUUCUUGGAAAUCAAAAAUUCAAAGAAUCCAAGUUUCAGAUUCCAUUUCCUCGCUGGAAAUUUCAAAAAUCAGAUUCGACGCCAAUUUUUUUGCCAACUCGAAUAAUCUGAUCAUUUUUGUGUGUAGUUUGUACAGAUGCUAUUAUAUGGUUUUUAUAAGUUCAAUGUGAGUUUUUAUAUUUAGCGCCAAAAACAAUUCUAGCAUCUUCCAAUUUUUUCAGAAGUUUUCUGGUUUCAAUCGAACGACAUUUGGCAACUUCUUGGGUUGGUUCUUAUGAGAAAAAACCGAGAAAAUUAUUGAUUUUUGGAAUGUUGAUUUGGUUCACGAUUAGUUGUUUUGUUUCAUCGAUUAUUAUACAUUUUGGUGAGAAUUUUGGCGGGAAAAUGGGGUUUUUGAGGGUAAAAAUUCACACUAAGCCGAGAUUUUCGAAAAUAUAAUGCGAUUAACAUGAGCAAUGCAUCAAUUAAUGAUAAUAAUAGAAGUUUUUGAAUUGUUUGAUUUUCCAAAUCUGAGAUUUCGCCCAGGCUUUAAUUUUGACACAAAAAUCUCAUAAAAAUCCUGGUUCCAGCUCAAAAAUUCUGGAUUUUUAAACCAAAUUUUACUUUAAAUUUUUCACUGUUUCAAAAAAUAUUCAUUUAAUUUUGAGAAACAUUCUGAACGUUCGGAUUUUCAAUUAUUUGAAGUUUAAAUAUGAUUCGAAAUUUUUUAAAUUGAAUUUCAAAAAAAUUAAAAUCUGGCGCAAGUUUGCAACCAAAUUUUACAUUAAAUUUUUCACUGUUUCAAAAAAUAUUCAUUUAAUUUCGAAAAUAAUUUUGAAUGUUCCUCCUUUGAUUUACAGACCUAAAUUGAAAAUUCUAAAAAUUAAAAUGUGGCUCCAAAUCACCGUCUGUAUUUACUUACAAUUAGUUACGUUUUUCAAAAAAUUUUCUGGGUAGAUCAAAAAUAAUAUUCUCUGAAUCUCAAUUUUUUCGGCACCAGAAAUAUUACUGACCACUCUUCGGUCCCCCAAAAAUCACUUUUUUUUCCAGACAUCAUUUUCUCAAUGUUCCACAUAAUUAUAAUUGGAUAUCUAUUAUCAAUAUCUACCGUAAUCUCUGUGAAUCAUGUCUACAAAACCAACAAAAAUCAAGAAAACACCGUGCAGACUCGAAAAUCCCAGAACAAGUAUACACUCUCGUAUCGUUUUCAACUCAAGGAAAAUUUGAAUGUUCUAAAAGUGAGUAAAGCUGGAGUGUUGUUGGAAAAUGCAAUAUUUUUUUGUUGCAGUUUUUUCGAAUUGUCAUUUUGGUUUUGGCGAUUUUCAAUAUGGUGUUGAUGGUGUUUUUGUAUUGUGAGUGGGUUUUCUGGCGGCACAAAUCAAAAUUUGAAAAAAAUUUUCAGUGAGCAAUGAUUUGAGUUUGGAUAUUUUGACAAUUUGUUAUUCACAUGCUGCGUUCAAUAUUGGAAUUGCAAUGUGAGUUUUUUCUUUCGGGGGAAAAAUUGAGUUAUGACGUGGAUUCUAAAAACCUAAAAUUCCUUCAAUCAAUUGAAACAGUGAAAAAAAAAUCAAAAAAAAAUUUUUUUUUUCAAGUUUAAGCCCCCAGACAAGGAUUUUCAACUGAAAACCUGAUACAAAAAAAAAUAUUAGAAAUUUUUUAAACGUAUGAAUUUUCCGAAUUCAUGAAAACAUUCUGAAACAGUGAGAAAUUUCGAAAUUUUCCAAUAUUUUUCGAAUUUUAAUUUUCACUGUUUCAAAAAUUUUAUUUUUAGAAUUGAUGGAUGUUCUAUGCAUUUAAUGAAACAUUUUCCACAUGUUCAAAAAAAAAAUUUUGAGCAAAGAAUUGAUAAAAAAUGAAUGGUUACAUAUAAUUUAAAAUUGAAUUUUUUGCGGUGAAAAUCGAAAUUGAAAAAUAUAAGCAUUAUUUACAAAAAAAUGUCUGAAGCAAUUAAAAAAUUUCUGAAACAGUGAGAAAUUUUUCACAUGAAAUUUAAUUUUCACUGUUUCAAAAAUUUUAUUUUUGAGAAUAGAUAAAAAUCUGAUUUUGUAAUCUUUUUUGAACUGGAAAAUCAAAGUUCAACUGAAAAACAUGAAAAAAGUUGAAUUUCCACCCAAUUUUCACUCAAAAAUCCCUCCAAUUUUUUCCAGCUACGCUUGUGUUGUUCUUUCUCUUCUCACAAUCGCAAAUCGAAAUAUUCGUCGAGUUUUCCUCCAAAUUCCCUAA